AUGUGGGAGUGGCAGUUCACACCUCAGUACAUCACUUGGUACCCCGACGAGGAUUUUAGCUCGGGUUGCGAUGGGAAGGAUGUCGUCCUUCAUAAUCUGAGGCAACUUUGUGUGUUUAGGGAGGCUAAGAAAUACAGGAAGCUAUGGCUGUGUGGGAUUCCCUUGCGGAGUUCAAUAUUAGGACUAGACCUAAGGAAAAUUGAGAGAUUAAUGGACAAUCCCAAUCGUGGUGUGGAUAAUCCUGUAUUGAAGGAGCUGCAAGAGGCUCAGGGAAAAUGUAUAAAGGUGCUAUUUUUGAAGGCUAUAUGUGUUGUUUUGAAGAAACUACCGAGCCAACAGUUUUUUUGGAUGAUGGAUACCUUUGAAGGAAGAGUUUUUGAAUGUCCUAUAGUCCAUGGCGUGCACUUUAAAGGAGAUAGCUACAGUUCUUUUGUUGGCCAGUUACCAAAUAGCCUUGGCCAUUUUAAGUGA